CCCGUUCCUGGGGCCGGUUCCCCAGAGCCACAACCAGAAAUGUUACAGAUAAAGAAAGAAGAACCGGACCCUGAGGACCAUCAGACCCCAAUGGAAAGCUCAGCAGCGCCACUUACUGAUGGGGAGUCACAGCCAGAAAUAUUACAGAUAAAGAUAAAGGAAGAAGAACGAGACCCUGAGGACCAUCAGAACCCAAUGGAAAGCUCAGCAGCGCCACUUACUGAUGGGGGUUUCCCAGAGGCAGAAGUAAUUCUUCACAUAAAGAUCAAGAAAGAAGAACCGGACCCUGAGGACCAUCAGACCCCAAUGGAAAGCUCAGCAGCGCCACUUACUGAUGGGGGUUCCCCAGAGCCACAGCCAGAAAUAUUACUGAUAAAGAUAAAGGAAGAAGAACCGGACCCUGAGGACCAUCAGAACCCAAUGGAAAGCUCAGCAGCACCACUUACUGAUGGGGGUUCCCCAGAGCCACAACCAGAAAUGUUACAGAUUAAGAAAGAAGAACCGGACCCUGAGGACCAUCAGACCCAAAUGGAAAGCUCAGCAGCGCCACUUACUGAUGGGGCUUCCCUAGAGCCACAGCCAGAAAUAUUCCAGGUAAAGAUAAAGGAAGAAGAACCGGACCCUGAGGACCAUCAGACCCCAAUGGAAAGCUCAGCAGCGCCACUUACUGAUGGGGGUUCCCCAGAGCCACAACCAGAAAUGUUACAGAUAAAGAAAGAAGAACCAGACCCUGAGGACCAUCAGACCCAAAUGGAAAGCUCAGCAGCGCCACUUACUGAUGGGGGGGGGUACAUGAAGGCGGAACCCAAUUUAGACUCUGCUGAACUGCCCAAACCAGAGACUGACUCGGAGUCCGGCACAAGAGAUGGCGAUUGCUUAACAAGCUCUGAUGGAUCAGGUUUUAUCUGCUAUAAGUGUGGGGAAACCUUCUCUGGGAAUAGUCAUCUUCUCGCCCACCUCUGUGGGACAAAGGAGAGAAUUCCCCCUGGGGCGGAACCAUUCAUGUGCACGGAAUGCAGUCAGUGUUUUACAGAAGAGAGAAACCUCCUUAUACACCAGAAGAUUCACACAGGGGAAAAACGCUUCUCAUGUAAGGAAUGUGGGAAAAGCUAUUCAUUAAAUACCAGCCUAAAUAGACACAAGCGCAUUCACACAGGCGAGAGACCCUAUUUGUGUACGGAGUGUGGAAAGUCGUUCUUUGACAAGACCCAACUUCGAGGUCACCAGAAGAUUCACACCGGGGAGAAACCUUUUGCCUGUACAGAAUGUGGGAAAUGUUUCUUUUCAAAAUUCGAACUUCAGAAGCACCAGAGGAACCACACCGGGGAGAAACCCUUUAUCUGCACAGAAUGCGGCAAAUGUUUUUCUACAAGCAGUAGCCUCUGUAAUCACAAGAGAAUUCACACAGGGGACAAACCCUAUUUAUGCACAGAGUGUGGGAAAUCAUUCUAUGGAAAAAGCCACCUACUUAAUCACCAAACAGUUCAUACAGGGGAGAAACCAUUCACCUGCACAGAAUGUGGGAAAUGUUUUACUGAAAAGGGAACCCUUUGCCUGCACCAGAAAGUUCACACCGGGGAGAAUCUUUUCACCUGUACAGAAUGUGUGAAAAGGUUCACUGAAAAGAGGGCCUUUCAAACCCACCAGAGAAUUCACUCAGGGGAGAAACCAUUCAGCUGCACGGAAUGUGGGAAAAGUUUUACCGGAAAGAACAACCUCCAAAAGCACCAAAAAAUCCACACGGGAGAGAAACCAUUCACCUGUACAGAAUGCGGGAAAUGUUUUACCGGACGCAGCACCCUACAGAACCACAAGAGAACCCACACCGGGGAGAAACCAUUCACUUGUGCAGAGUGUGGGGAAAGUUUCUCUGUCAGAAGCACGCUGCACAAUCACAAGAGAAUACACACGCGGGAGAAACCCUGGGGGGUUGAACCAUUCACGUGCACAGAAUGUCUGAAAAGCUUUUCGACCCAUUACCGACUUCUGAGCCAUAUCAGAACUCACACUGGGGAGAAACCAUUCCCCUGCAUGGAAUGUGGGAAAAGCUUUCCUCAUAAAUACAACCUUCAAGUGCACCAAAGAAUUCACACAGGGGAGAAACCAUUCACUUGCGCAGAAUGUGGGAAAAGCUUUCCUUUCCUCACUAGUUUCAUUAGACACAUGAGAAGUCACACAGGGGAGAAACCCUUCAACUGUGCGGAAUGUGGGAAAAGUUUUACUGGAAGAAGAGAACUCCUUGACCACCAGAACAUUCACACUGGGGAGAAACCGUUCACCUGCACGGAUUGUGGAAAAUGCUUUGCUGACAAGAGCACGCUUCGACGGCACAAGAAAAUUCACACCAGGGAGAAACCUUUUACCUGCACAGAAUGUGGGGAUAGUUUUCCUUUAAGCAGUGAUUUGCAUAAACACCAGAGGCUGCACACAGGGGGCAAACCUUACUCAUGUACAGACUGUGGGAAAUCAUUCUCUAAAAAAAGCAAACUUCACAACCACCAAAACAUCCACACCGGAGAGAAACCAUUCAUCUGCGCCGAGUGUGGGAGGUGCUUCGCCGACCAGAGCACCCUGCGAAGGCACAAGAGAGUUCACUCUGGGGAGGAAUCUACAACAUGCGUGGAAGUUUGGAAGAGUUUUAUGGAAAAGGGCAGCCUUCCUGUGCAACGGAAGAUUCACACAGGGGAGAAACCAUUCUCAUGUAAAGAAUGUGGGAAAAGGUUUUCUUUAAACACCAGCCUUUAUAAACACAAGAGAAUUCACACGGGGCAGAGACCUCACUCAUGUACAGACUGUGGGAAAUCUUUCUUUCAAAAAACCCACCUUCAAAGUCACCAGAAAAUUCACUCCGGGGAGAAACCCUUCACCUGUUCGGAAUGUGGGAAAAGUUUCUUUUUAAAGAUUGACCUUCAAAAGCACCAGAGGAACCACACCGGGGAGAAACCAUUUACUUGUUCAGAAUGUGGCAAACGGUUUUCUAGAAGCAGCAGCCUCUCAAAUCACAAGAGAAUUCACACGGGGGAAAGGCCUUAUUCAUGUACAGACUGUGGGAAAUCAUUCUAUGUAAAAAGCCACCUUCAAAAUCACCAGACAGUUCACACCAGAGAGAAACCAUUCACCUGCGCAGAAUGUGGCAAAUGUUUUACCGAGAAGGGAACCCUUCGCAUUCACCAGAAAAUUCACACCGGGGAGAAACUAUUCACUUGUGGAGAAUGCUGCAAAAGUUUUACUGCAAAGAGCACCCUUCAGAACCACCAAAGGAUUCACACCGGGGAGAAACCAUUCACCUGUACAGAAUGUGGGAAAAGCUUUACUGAAAAGAGCACCCUUAAAAAGCACCAGAGGAUUCACACUGGAGAGAAACCUUUUACCUGUACAGAGUGUGGGAAAUGUUUUACGGAAAGGAACACCCUUCAGAGCCACAAAACUAUUCACACUGGAGAGAAACCAUUCACCUGCACAGAGUGUGGGAAAAGGUUUUCUUUAAGAAGUACCCUUUACAAACAUAAAACAAUACAUACUGCUGAGAAACCCUGGGUAGCGGGUGGUCAGAGUUUAUCCGCAAAGGGCAUCCCUGAGUGCAACCAAACAAACUCACACACACUAGAAUAGCACUGAGAGAUGUAGGUAUAGCCCCGGCACUAUCAUGUGAUAGUAUGAACUGUUAUUGGCAAUAAAAUGGUUUUGGAACCUGGGGCCAAAGGCUUAUGGUAAGGAAACGUGGCUCCCAACACUCACAGUGCAGAUUGUAUCUCCCAACCCUCAGGCUCAUACAGUAAAUCAGAGCUGGACAACUUUUUCAGUUCAGCGGGCUUAAAUAUAUCACAUAUUUGGGGUCCAGCUUUACAAAAAAACGUCAGACUGUAGAAUGAAUAGUGUACAGCAUAUAAGCAGUUAAAGUAAGUAAAGGAUAUGCACCCUAAGCACUCUGUGGUGUAGAGAAAGGUAAAUAUAAAUCACAGAGUGCAGAGUAGAGUGAAACCAUGAGGGUGAGAGGCUCAGAGGGAGGAGUCACACUACUAUUCACACAGUUACUACUGGGGGCAAAAUGGGAAUUGCUGGGGGCAAAUGAGCCAGAGAUGUGACCCAAAUGGCAGCGGUUCCUGAUAUCCCUAAUGGGCUGAGGGGAAGGAAUAUGGCAGGGGAGUAUUAAUGGUGGGGUUUCAUGUCAAGUCAGUUUUGUUCCGCACUUUGCUGUGACUCCAUUAAAAACCCACCUGCUCAACAUGAAAUCAUGGGGCAUUUGCUGAAACAA